AUGCCCAAUAUUCACGGCUUCAGUACUCUACGGGCACGGUCCUAUGUCUUGCGGCUGCCGCUCUUCACGCGCGCAAUGAUCUUCAUCAUCGUGGCUCUCCAGUUUGUGGGUUUGCAGACUGUAUGGGAUCUCAGGCAAUGGGGCUCGUUGAUCCCAGACCAGAUCAGCUUCGGCACCGCAUACCGGAUAAACACCUUUCCACUUAUACACAUCAAUUUCUUUCACAUGCUACUCAAUGUGCUGACUUUGAUGCCGCUACUUGAGCGAUUCGAAAACGAGCACGGGACGCUGACGAGUCUGGCCAUGUUCUUUGGGCCUUUGACAACGAUACCAGCGAUCAUGUACGUGGUGAUAGAAAGGGCGAUACUGAGAAGCAAUACCGCGGUCAUGGGCUCUAGUUUCUGGGUCUUUUUGCUGCUGAGCAUCGAGGCUAUCCGAACAUACAAGACUAACCCGUUCUUUGUCAUUGGACCCUACCAUAUUCCGACGUGGACCACGCCGCUCGUCAUUGAGCUUGUCACUGCAGCACUAAUCCCCAGUAGUAGUCUCCUUGGACAUCUCUGUGGCAUUGCUGUCGGGUACCUCUUCGGGUUGGGAUACCUCAAAGUCUUGGCUCCCCCAGAGAAGGCACUUCGUUGGGUUGAGAGUCGUUUGAAUCUGCUUGGCAGACUUCCGCAUUACGUGAGCGUUGAUCAAAAGACAUAUGGCCGUUUCGGCGUACUCCCUACGAGUAACAGUGGAAGCUCGACACUGCCAGGCCUGAUUGGUAGCACGCAGAGACUUGGACCCUAG